AUGAAAAAUAUUGGUAUGAACCAUAUCGGUUCAAUGGUUGCUGGUGUUCAUUGUACACUGUUAUAUGGUGGAAUUUUUGCAUACCCAGCUGACAAAAAAUCAAAAAAUGGUAAACUUCGUAUCUUGUGUCCUAUUUUCUUGGGCAGUAAAGAUGAUAUUGAAGAUAUAGAAAAGUUUUAUGCUGAUUUCAAUGAUGAUUGUUAA